AUGAGUUCGUCGGAUGACGACACACCACUUGUGGCGGCCAGCCGUUCUUCCGGGCCUGGUCUCUCGGCACCAGUGAUUUCGAAGCGUACCGAUGCGACCAUAGGUGGCUCGGGCAAUGCCAAUGGCUCCGCGGCCCCUGGUAUUUCUAUCCGGUAUGGGCCGGUUGAGGAUGAAGAUUCUGAAAUGGCAGACGCAGCGGAUGGCGUUAAUGGACGCGCCGCGAGCAAGAGAAAAUCGCGACUGAGUGCUGGGAACAAGUCUUACAUGGACCCCGAAAGCAGUGAGGAUGACAAGCCUUUGAGCAAGCGCCGCCGAACUGCGAAUCGAAAAAUUGUAUCGGACUCGGAAGACGACGACGCUCCCCUAGCUCUAAAGGCAAACGGAGCCAAGUUACCAUCGGCUUCGAAGACCGCUAUAGGCGAUGAAUCCGACUCCGACCCUCCCAUUAAGCGAAAGCUUUCCAAAGAAAAGUCGAAGAUCGAACAGAAAGCCGCAAAAGAGGCCAAAGAAAUCCGAAAAUCUGAAGCCACCUCCAAGAAAACCGCCGUAAAAAAGGAAAAGGCUCCCAGCGCCAAGAAGAAACAAGCAAACGGUGUUAAAAGAGAAUUGAGCGACGAUGAAACUCUUCUGAAAAGUGUUCCCAAAAAGACAACCAGGCCUACGAAGUCCGAAAGCGCCACACCCGCUAAAAAGGGAAAAGACAAAGCAACUGCUGUCAAAGAGGAGACCGAGGAAGUGGAGGGGGCUGAGGAGGAAGAGGAAUAUCGAUGGUGGGAAGACCCAACCAAAGGCGACGGUACAAUCAAGUGGAAAACGCUGGAACACAACGGUGUGAUUUUUCCACCUCCGUACGAACCGUUGCCUAAGAAUGUCAAGAUGAAAUACGGCGGUGUUCCUGUAACGCUUGAACCCGAGGCAGAAGAAGUUGCAGGCUUCUUCGGUUCAAUGUUAAAUUCCACUCACAACGUGGAAAACCCAACUUUCCAAAAUAAUUUCUUUGAAGAUUUCAGGGCCAUUCUCAAGAAAACUGGCGGUGCCAAGGAUUCCCAAGGCAAGCCGGUACAGAUCAAAGAAUUUGCCAAAUGUGACUUCAAGCCAAUUUUCGAAUAUUACGAGAUGAAGCGCAUUGAGAAGAGAAAUCUUUCGUCCGCCGAGAAGAAAAAGCUCAAGGCUGAAAAAGAUGAGAUUGAGGCUCCCUUCAUGUACUGCGUGUGGGAUGGACGCAAGCAGAAAGUCGGCAACUUUCGAGUUGAACCUCCGGGGCUUUUCCGCGGUCGUGGUGAGCACCCGAAGACCGGAAAGGUCAAAACUCGCGUUCAGCCCGAGCAGAUCACGCUCAACAUUGGUAAAUCAGCCAAGGUCCCCCCACCGCCUGAAGGCCAUAAAUGGAAAGAGGUGAAGCACGACCAAGAGGGCACCUGGUUGGCCAUGUGGCAAGAAAAUAUCAAUGGAAAUUACAAGUAUGUGAUGCUUGCCGCAAAUUCGGAUGUCAAAGGUCAGAGUGACCACAAGAAGUUUGAAAAGGCGCGUGAGCUGAAGAAGCACAUCGACCACAUUCGCAAGGACUACACCAAAGGGCUCAAAGCCGAACUUAUGGCUGAUCGUCAACGUGCGACUGCAGUCUAUCUCAUUGAUAAAUUUGCUCUUCGUGCUGGAAAUGAGAAGGGCGAGGAUGAGGCUGAUACCGUCGGUUGCUGCUCUCUCAAGUUCGAAAACGUCAGUCUUCGACCUCCAAAUACCGUUAUCUUUGAUUUCUUGGGUAAGGAUAGCAUCCGCUUCUACGACGAAGUAGAAGUCGAUCUGCAGGUCUUCAAAAAUUUGAAGAUUUUCAAGAAAGCACCUAAGAAGGAUGGUGAUGAGAUCUUUGACCGAUUGACCACCUCGGCACUCAACAAGCAUCUAUCGAACUAUAUGACUGGUUUGACAGCCAAGGUCUUCCGUACCUACAAUGCUUCCUACACGUUCGCUACUCUUCUUCGUGAAAUGAACGCAGAAGGAUCUGUGGCCGAAAAAGUUAAACAAUACAAUGAUGCCAAUCGCAAGGUUGCUAUUCUCUGCAACCACAAACGGACAGUUACCGCUGGCCAUGCGAAUCAGAUGGAAAAAUUGGGUGAUAGGAUCAAAGGCCUUCGCUAUCAAAAGUGGCGAAUCAAGAUGAUGAUGUUGGAUUUGGACACCAGCGUCAAGAAAAAGAAGGGCCCCAAGUAUUUCGAGCGGGACGAGGACUUGGACCAAGAUUGGGUUCGAGAACACCAGGCAUUCCUUAUUGAGGAACAGAAACAGAAGAUUACCAAGAAAUUCGAAAAAGACAACGAAAAGCUUAUCGCCGAAGGAGAGAAGGAAAUGAAGCCAAAAGAACUUGAGGAACGACUAUUGACCCUUAAGGACAUGGAAAAGAAAUUCCAGAAGGAGAACAAAACCGGGAAAGUGGAAGCUGAUGGCAGAGGCCAGACAAUCGAGAAAUUGGAGAACAAUAUCACCAAGCUCGAGCAACGGAUUGAAAAUAUGUCGCUUCAGGCCGAAGACAAGGAGAACAACAAGGAAGUUGCUCUUGGGACUUCAAAAAUCAAUUAUAUUGAUCCUCGACUUACUGUUGUUUUCACGAAGAAGUUUGACGUCCCAAUUGAGAAGUUCUUUUCUAAGACUCUUCGUGAAAAAUUCGACUGGGCAAUCAAGUCCGUUGAAGAAGACUGGGAGUUCUAG